AUGGAAGAUGUUGAUCGUUCAUUAACUUUACUGCAUUUACGUAAAACGUUUAGUGAAUUUUGCAAGAUACCACUGGGUGGGUCAAAGCAUGGUGAUAGAAAGUUUGACCGUGUACUUCCUCUUUUUUCAAAGGUUAUGGUGAUGUAUCCCUCACCAGAAGAAAUCGUUGACAAAUUUAAAGAAUUAUGUCCUUUCGCAAGUUAUCUUUGUCGUCAUCUUGUACAAGAAAUACGUUUGAGAGCCUCAAACGAAUGUGCGCAAUCAGCAGCUUCUGCUAUUCUAAAUUUUUUGUUACCUGAUAUCGCAGACUGUCGGGGUUGGACAUUGCUAAAUGCAGUUUGCUAUCUCUGUUUUACGAAACAACUACCAAUAAUUGAAGUUAUGUGUAAGGCAGCAUUACCUUCAACAUUGGUGAAAGCCUUGUAUUUAUUUUUCGAUUUACCUUCUGUGACUGGUAGAGAUAUUGCAGUAUCAAGACAAAAGUUAUUGGGUGUUUUUCAAAAAGUUUUGAAAAAGUUGUGUGAAUUCAAUUGUGUCAAUGAGGAGCUUACUCGGAAAGAUGAUUUGUUUCUUUUAUUUGCUGGAGCUUCAUGUUCAUGUCCUGUAGAAAACAUUGAAUGGAGGAAUGUUGCUUCUCAAUUACUUGUCGUUGUGGUCUCAAAAGGACUAUCGUCAUCCGUCACGAAAUAUAUUCAUGCAAAAAAUUGUGUAUCAGUAUAUUUAUCGAAUGCAUGUAAGGAAGAUGAAAGCUUGUCGAAUGAAGAACGCAUUGAAAUGUUCAUUUGUUUACUUUGUGUUUUAAAAGAUUCCGCUGCGACUGUUAAUGUUUUACUGCUAGAUUUCGCUCGUGCAAACGGUUAUAUUCUAUUACGGGACUUCAUUUUGAAAUAUGCGGAAAAUGAAAAAGGAAGAGGAGAUAUCAAGAAUGUUUUAUUCGUGAUAAUGAGCUUGGCAACGUCAGGUGUUGUCGAUUUGAAACCCAAUUAUACACCGGGAUUGAUUGUGCUUCCGUCAUUUAAUCUUCCAGUAUCUUCAAAUAAUGGACUCACUUUACGGAACCUUGACGCAUUUCGUCUUCUUUUCCAAAUUUUUGUACAUUCCAAGUGCAAUUGGGUAUGUGAAGCAGUAAUUGAUGCUAUUCACAAUAUUUAUGCCUCGGAUGCGGUUAACUAUUUUAUCGCUGACAAAGAAUGUGCUUUAUCUCAAUUAAUUGAGCAUAUCGGACAAAAAUCCCCCCAGAUACAACGUAAAAUAAUGGAACUGGUUGAGUAUGUAAUUUUGCAUUUAAAUCACAUUCCGUGUAAAGAACUUGUUACGCUAAGCGUUCUUCUGAAAACUGAAAUAUCCGAUAAUAAUCUUGGAUAUUGCGUGCUCUUUAUGGAGAGCGCUUUAAGAAUACUCUCUGCUAAUGGGUUUAUGAAGGAUGCUUUUCGCGAAGUUGGACUCGUGGAGUCAUUAACAUGGACGCUACUGCACUUCAUUUCAAUUAUUAAAAUUCGCCAUUUUACCGAGAGUGAAGGCUGUAUUGCUUUGUUAUGCACAGAUAUUCUUUCGAUUCUUGUGAGCAACCAUGCCAAUGCUCGUACAUUUCAUGAAAGUGCUGGUUCAAAGGCUAUUAUCGAUCUCAUUUUAUAUGGUAGUGAAGAAUGGAGAGCUUCUGCUCUGCAGCUUAUGAAGCAACUUCUGAUUUUUGGUCAAAAUGAAGAGCAGUUCACUGCGUUGCUGUUUGUCCUCCAUCCUCCAUCAUCUCAUGACAUUUCCCUGAAGACGAUUUUGAUGAAGUCGCUUCUUUGUGCUCUCCGGGAAAGUCAUAAAGUACGUUUGAUGUUUCGACGUGCCGGUGGAUAUUUGUGUUUGAUGUCUCUUCUCGUUAAUUUGGAAGGAAAACUGAGUUGUAGAGCUUCAGAGCAAAAUCCAGCAAUGUUUAAUGGUGGAAUUACUAAAAUUUUGAAGUUCAUAGAAAUCAUAUUCAAAGUAUUAGCAAUCAGCAUGCGGUAUGAACCAUCCAAUGCAAGAUAUUUUUCCAAUGAGGUGAAGUGGGACAAUUUGUGCACAGCGUUACGAGUAACGGGAGCUUUUGUGGAAAAUGAACACAAAAUUGAUUCAGAACACGCAAUAUGGCGAAUUGAACCUUCAGAAAUUAAUGACAUUGUGCAAACUUGCCACAGAGUUUUCGAUUUCAAUGAAUCUAUUUAUGUGGAUUGCUCGAUGCCAAAUGAAAUGCCAUUAUCGAUACUAACUGCUAUGUCAAUUGUGCGGUUUUUGGUCAGCUUGGCUCUUGAUAGUUACGAAAAGUCGAGUUCAAAGUGUUUAUGCAGUUCUGAUGAAACAGCAGGUGAUCACGACUCAUCGUUUCCAACCUGGACAUCUGGUGUAGUUGUUCAUCCCGGUGCACUGAUUUCAGUGAUGCAGCUUCUUCCAGCAAUCGAUUCUCCUGAAUAUAGAUGGAAAGCAGGGACUCAGUACUAUUGUGCUUGUUUGAUCAAAGCGCUCUUGCGACCAGAAAGAAACCAGCAGAUCAUGUGUCAGUCAAAUAUGGCACACAAUAUUUUGAAAAUAGGCGUCAACGUUUUCAAAAGCGAAAAGCAUCUAAUGCUUGCUCCAUUUUACUAUGUUUUAGAAAGGCUGUCUUCACAUGCAAUAACUCCUUCUGAUUUAAGAUCUUUUUUGCGUCUUGAUAUGCCGCUUUGUUGUCGGAAUUUAGAUGAAGAAGAAAAUGAAGAACCAGUUAGUGAAAGUGAAGGUGGACCCAUUCCAAUUGCUAGAGUCAAAGCACUGGUCUCAAUGAUGACACCUCGUGAUCAUCGAAUUGCUCAAAGUCCGUCAUUUGUAGAAUUUGACAUGGCGUUUGAAGGUUUCGCAUGUCUUAUAAUCCCAUCUUUAGCACCACUUUCAUCAGAUUUUGGUGGGGUUGGUCAUGGUGAAAGAAUCUUUCCACCGUUAAAUGGUUUAACAUUAAUGAUGUGGCUUUGUGUAGAACAGUUUAGUGAUAAAAAAACCAAUCCACAUCCAAUUCGGUUGUUUUCUAUUUACCGCUCAUUUAAUUUGUCGAAAAAAGAUGACUCUUCGAAGCAGAAUCUUCCUCUUGUUUGUUUUUCACUGCAGAUAAGUUCUAUCGAUCGUUCACUUAUGAUUUGUACUGCGGAAAGUGAAACAGCUGGAGACGAUUUGGAAAAAGAAAAGAAUGCAAGUGAUGAUAAUCUUGUACGAGUUACUUUAGGAGAUGCAAUAUGCACCGGACAAUGGAUCCAUAUUGCUGUUGUACUUACCAGAUCUGUGCUGAAACAUAGUCAAGCAACUGUUUUUAUUAAUGGGAGAUCUGAAGGAACGUAUAAAUUGCAUUAUAUUAUCCAAAAUGUUGGUGGUGGUACAGCUCAUUUGUCGCAAGCAAAUAGCGUGCACGCAAUUAUCGGCACACCCCCAGUUUAUCGUUCAUCAAGCAGUUUAUGUUUCAAAAUUGCAACUGUUGUUUUAAUUGAAGAACCAGUCAGUCCCGAAACAGUUUAUCAAGUGUAUAAGUUGGAACCUCAUUAUGUUGGAAACUUUCAGGCAAGUUUUAAAAAAACAGUAUCAGAAGAUGCUCCCCUCAUUGUUGAGGAACGUAUUUCUUUAUCAUUGACAGCAGUGGCGAACAGUGAAUUGAGUGUUUCAAGAUUUGGUUUAAUAUAUAGCAAGGCAGAUAGCGCUUUCAUCGCACGCUAUGUUGGUGUUUCAAUCCAUGAUCGAAGCACACCUUUGCGCAUUCUCUUGAACACGGUCACUCAUGCAGCAGGACCAGCGCGAACUAUCGGAGCUGUACUUCUUGGAUAUCUUGGAAUGCGACUAUUUGCUCCAUGUCCGGUCACGAGGCUUUUAGACUGUGUCGGUGGUAUCUCUUGCCUCUUUGGUCUGAUAGCUAUGUCUACAACAUCUCAAGAAUUAUAUGCAUCAUUAAAAGCAUUAACAACGGCUGCAAAAACAGAUGAAACUAUCCUUGCUAUGCUUUUGGAGGGGAAAAGUGAAUUGUUAAAUUCGCAUAUUCUUCAUUUAAUUUUGUCAUUAGUCGGAACAUUGGAUACCAGUAAGGACACUGUCCAUAUUUCUAAUCUUUCGAUUUUCGAAGAUAUGUUGUGCGAUUUGGAUGUUUGGAAAAAUGCCAGUCCCGAUCUCAAUAGACUUCUUUAUGAACACUUUUAUGAAUUAAUCACUGACCAAAACAGCGAAAAUCUCAAUUUGGUGCGUCGAAGUACUUUACCCAGUCGUCUUCUUAUUCGGUUGUUCGAUCAUCCAAAUUUAAUUUUUGCUGUUAACGAUAUUAUUUUCAACCUUUUUGUUACACUUCUGCAGCCUCCUGCUGAUAGUUUGUUAUUGCUGAAAAUCGGUCAGUUGGUAGCUGGAACACUCCCACUGCCAGGGUCAGAUCAGAACGAAAAUUCGUAUUCAUUUUCAAUAAGCGAUCUACAAACGGCUUUACUUGAUAGUAAGCAUACGUCAAGUUUUGAUCGACUUCUUUAUGAUAUCUACGUACGCAAUCGUUUCCUUAACAUCCUGGCUAAUAUCUUGGCGCAUUCAAGCACAAACAGUAAUUCGCAAUUUUGUGACCUCGUCGUUAAAACACUUGGCUUCGAUUGGGUACUAGCCUUGUUUACUCCUGGUGUCCAUUACGCCACUGUAGUCCUUGGCCUGCGGAUCAUUCUUGCUUUAUUGAAACACGACCAUUUAAUGCAGAAGUUCAAAGAUGGAUCAGCGAAUGGUGGUUGGUUGACUGAUGCAGACUCGUUUGUUCGCAAUAGAGCAGCGGUUUUGCUUGGAUUUUCUGUAUCUGCAUAUGGGGGUAAUGUUGGAGCUCACGUUGAUAUCAAUCCCGAACUUUCGGAAUGCAGUGGCUUUGUAAUGUUGGAGCAUUUAUUGUAUUAUCAUUACGAGAAACCGCAGUGUUAUUUAGCGAUGUUGGCACUACUUGUUGGCCAGCCAGUGUUAAAUAUUACGCUUGUGGAUAACUUUUCAUUCGACCUUAUUUGGUCUCAUGUUUUUGGACUUUCACUGUCAGGUUCGGUGUCCGAGGCUGUUUCUGGUUUAGAUAUUUGCUGUGAAGCAAUUAUACCUUUGCUAUCUAUGGUUCGAGCUUCAAUUCAUGCGAACGAAGAGGUGUGCGAUGAGUAUAAACUGGUGUAUUCUUCUACGGUGAUCCAGUUGUUUACUUUCUUGUAUCAGAAUUGUCCAAACUUUUGUAGUCUCUGUCAUACCGAAGAGUUCAUCACUUCUCUGUUCUGUGUCCUUAUACCGGUGGAUGUUAUGGAAUCAGGUGCCACCAAGGAUGCAAAUUCUUCUUUACUACUUCUAAGCAAACUGCCUAAUAGAAGAAGCUGCUAUCGGACUGUUUUAGAUUUAAUAAAACGAAUUCUCUGUGAAGAUAUUUAUCGUAUACGUGUCAGGUCGGAAUCCUUAUUAGAUGCAUUGAUCGAGAACAUACCGGAAUAUGGGUUCUCUCGCCGGUAUUGUGCAAAUGUUCUUACCGAAAUUUUAUCCUUAUGCAUGGAAUAUAUUAUUGCUACUGACGUUCUGUUAGAGUGUUCACAAACAAGCACUGCAGCAGCUAGCGGAACUGCGGUUGCAACAUCAGCUGUCUUGCUUACAAAUUUCGCAUAUUUUUCUGUGAGGAUUGUAGACAGUGUUUGGAGCAGUCUGUACAUUGGUGACACAAUUCGUGUUCUUAGUUUUUUGUUCAAAAGCAUUGCGCUGGUGCGACGUUAUGAUUUAAAACCAGGACCCUGUGACUCACUUAUGCAGUCACUUGGCCGUAUCAUUUUAUAUCUCUUGAGCAGACCCAUAGAUAAUGUUCAUGUGCAAAUGUCGAUUUUAAAUACGCUUUCUGAGAUCAUUGUGAACCGUAACAUAGUAUUUUCUCCGACUCAUAAUGAUCAUUUGUUUUUUGGUUCGCUCACACAUCUUUUAUUUAUGCUUUCUGUCACACCGGAUAUUCUUUUAAAAGGAGACAAGUUAUCAAAUCUUGAUCGUGGUAGUGCUCAGGUAGCUGUGUGUGCUUCACAAGUAUGGAAAGAGGUUUGUGCAAUGAAGCGAAGUCUUUUGGAAGAAGUUUUUCGUAACGGUUUUGUUUGUGAGUUGAAUGCAGCACGGGCUUUGUUGUCUCAUGCUGCCAGUCUUCAGUGGUUGUCGUUUGUUGAUUCGCAGAUGAAUUCCCCAUCGUUGAAGAAUUCGACGCAGAUUCAGCAGCAGAUACAGUCAAAAAUCACGAAAGUUGCUUCUGGUUUGCAACGUCUGGCUAGUCGAAAAGCUCUAAGUAAUUCAAAUUCUGUUUCCAGCUUUACUUUUUCACGACAACCAAAUAUCACCACAGAGGUGAUUCAAAUGUGGCUCCGUGUACACAUAUCAUUGAUCAGAGAACUCAUUCGCACUCAAUGUUUGUGCUAUCAUGAAUGGCACUCGCAUGUGCAGAAAUGGUGCAUGCAAGAUUGGCGUUCUCUUGAAAUGGAAUUGACAAGAGAACGCGGUAUUUGGGGUGCAGAACUAGGUUCUUCUUUGGACAAGUUUAUGCUAGAUAUGACUGAAGGACCUUGUCGAAUUCGAAGAAAAUUGGUUCCUAAUCCAGCUUUCUAUUACCAUUACCCUUAUCGCCCUUAUCUGGAUUCCCCUGAUGCUAAAGCCAUGCGCGCUAAGGUAGCAGUUUCAAAAGACAGCAGGCUGUAUUAUGAAGCGAUGAAGCGCCGACGAGGAAAAAUGGUGGAGCACAGAAUCAUUGAUUUGUCAUCAACUGUCUUCACUCCAUCUGAAGAACGUUCCGAUCUAUUUUUUUCUGACAUGCAAGAGGUCAGUACUUCAAUGAUUCGUCGUGUAUCGAUUAAACAUGGUGAAAAUAAGGAAAGCGAUGAAGCAGAUUGUUUUAUGAAUGAAAAAGAUAUAAGUGAGGGGGAUGACGAAAAUGAAGUCAGCGUGGACGAGGAAAUGAGUAAUGAACCACAAGCAGCGAGUGGACAGAAAAACAAUAGUUAUGAAAAGGAAGGCAUGAGUCUUAAAACGAAAGAUGAAGGUAUGGAACGAAAACGAGGUCCGGAUAAUCAGACUCUACUUAGACUUUUGGAACAGGGUGAGCAAUUGCAUUCAAUGUUUCGUUGCGCUCGAAUACAAGGUCUGGAUACUAGUGAAGGACUAUUACUUUUUGGACAACAUCAUUAUUAUGUAGUUGAUGGGUUCACCCUUUUAAAGACGAGAGAAAUCAGGGAUUUGGAUUUCCUUCCUCGAGAAUUGCAUGAUCCUAUUGUGCCAUACAUGGCCUGUGGAAAUAGCCAUCCUGUCCGACGAACGAAGCUCUGUAGUAAAUUUUCAUACAACGAUAUUCGUGAGGUACAUCGUCGUCGUUAUCUUUUGCAACCAAUUGCUAUAGAAGUAUUCUCAGGAGAUGGACGCAAUUAUUUGUUAGCUUUUCCAAAGCGUAUGCGCAAUCGAGUUUACCAAAAGUUUGUUUCGCUAGCAAGGUUGAUGAAAGAUAGUGGAUCGGAAUCUGUUGGAGGACAAAGGCUAACUGUACCAGUGGAGCAACCAAGUCGUGUUUCUUUACUUACCUCUUUAAUAGGACACCAAUCUGUCACUCAUCGGUGGGUACGAGGUGAAAUAAGUAAUUUCCAAUAUUUAAUUCAUUUGAAUACAUUGGCAGGUCGAUCCUAUAAUGAUCUUUCUCAGUACCCAGUAUUUCCUUGGAUACUUCGAGACUACGAAUCUGAGGAUCUUGAUUUAACGAAUCCAAGUGUAUUUCGUGAUUUAAGCAAACCGAUGGGAGCACAGAACCCAGAACGUUUAGAGCAGUUUUUAAAGAGAUAUCGGGAGUGGGAUGACCCAACAGGUGAAACGCCUGCAUACAUGUAUGGCACUCACUACAGUAGUGCAAUGAUUGUUGUAUCUUAUCUUGUACGCUUGGAACCUUUCACACAACAAUUUUUAAAGCUUCAGGGUGGACAUUUUGAUUUGGCUGAUCGAAUGUUUCACAGUGUUGGAGAUGCUUGGCUUAGUGCAAGCCGUAAUAAUAUGGCAGAUGUAAAAGAACUGAUACCUGAGUUUUUUUCUCUCCCCGAAAUGUUUCUCAAUCUAAACCAUUUUGAUUUUGGUGUGAAACAAAAUGGUAUAGCAUUAAAUGAUGUUAUACUUCCUCCUUGGGCAAAAGGUGAUGCCAGAGAAUUUGUGCGUAUACAUCGACAGGCGCUAGAAUGUGAUUACGUAUCUGCUAAUUUGCAUAACUGGAUAGAUUUGAUCUUUGGUUACAAACAACUUGGCGACUUUGCAACAGAAGCAAAUAAUGUUUAUCAUCAUCUUUUCUAUGAAGGCAAUGUAGAUUUCGAGAAUAUAGAAGAUCCGCUAACAAGGAACGCAACUAUUGGGUUUAUCAAUAAUUUUGGCCAGAUUCCAUCUCAGUUAUUCAAGAAACCACAUCCGCAGAAAAAAGUUACAUAUACUGAUGUUUAUUCAUCAACUCCAGGAGUAACAACACAGCGAUUAUUUUAUCAUUCAUUUGAUUCAUUAAAAGUACCAUCGCAACCUAUAAAAGAACUAAAAUCAGCAGUGGGAAGUCUGAUUCCAAUUGAAAAAGGUGGAGUACUUGCACUAGAAGUCAAUCGCUCAUUGCUGUUGCCAAAUCGGUGCAUUUCCUGGGGAUUUCCUGAUAGAACUAUCAGAGUUGGUACAAUUGAUGGUGAUCGGUCAACUUGCAUAUAUGAGAUGCGCGAAAGCGCGGAAAUAACUUGCUGCACAUGUGGUGAUUCACAAACAAUUUUCACUGGUUCCAGUACGGGUAAAGUAUGUGUAUGGGAUAUGAUUGACCGUUAUCCUCGAAUUCGUUUUCGUCGUACAUUAACAGCUCAUACAGAAGCAAUCACAACGCUAGUUUCAUGCUCUUCACAAACUUUACUCGUUAGUGGUAGUCGUGAUGGCACUGCAAUUUUGUGGCAUUUAACUGCACUAAUAUUUAUUCGGCAGUUACGACCACAUCCAUCUGCAGUCACAGCUGUUACUGUCAAUGAUGCAACGGGAGACAUAGCUACAGCAUCGCGAUCAAUGUUGUUUCUUUGGUCAGUCAAUGGACGUCUGUUAUCUGUGGUUGACAGCUUUGACAUAGCUUCAUUUGAUCAAUACCCUAAUGUUAUUUUGUCUGUGGCUUUUUCUACGUUGCAUGAAUGGGACCCAGAAAAUGUUAUCAUCUGUGGCGGUAGUGAUGGUAUAGUUCGAGUGUACUGCAUGGAAAUGGUUAAAAGUGAUGAUGACUCAAACCAAAAUGAGUCAUCAAUAACACUGCGAGCUACUAAAAGCAGUGCUGCAACUACUCUACAGCAGCGCCUUGAAAGACAACGGCGUCGUUUACUGGUGACAUCUUCUGCAGGGAAUUCACUUGAUACUCCUUCUGUUGGAAGUCAAGCUGGUUCACCAGAACCACUUUUUUGUGCCAUUAAUACAUAUGAUGUUGGUGAAAAAUUGAAUGAUGACUGGGAGUGUCAGGAUACUGAAAUUUUCCGUUCUGAAAAAUUGGCAUGGAAAAAUUUGCUAGUACCGAAGUUUUCACUCACAACCCAUACAGCUUUCAAUCGUGAAGAUAACCCACAACCUGCUCCUAUAACGGCAAUCACACCAUCAAAAGACCAUCGAACUUUGUUUGUUGGGGAUGGCGUGGGUCGCGUUUGGAGCUGGCAAAUUAGCGACGAAGUUGGCGCACGUGCAGACCACUGGGUGCAAGAUCCUAGCAGAAAUGCAUGUACACAAUGUAUGCAGAAAUUCUCGCUAGCUGAAAGACGGCAUCAUUGUCGAAACUGCGGGCAUAUUUUUUGCAACAAGUGCAGUCGUUUUGAGACGGAUAUAAAACACAUGAAAAUCUCGAAACCAGUUCGUGUUUGUCAGAGUUGUUUUUUGCGGUUGAAAGCGGUAGGAGUGUCUUAAGA